AAAAAGAAUUAUUAUUAUUAUUAUUAUUACUUAUUUUCGAGUAGAAACUAGAAAAUACUUGCUUUAAUUGGAAUAAAGCCCAGAUACUUGUGUUUGUGUACCGACCUAACACGGCGAGUAGAUGCACCCAAAUAAGACCCCUUCUUCCGCCAUAACCAUAUUAUUAAAUAUCACACUUUACAAUUCUUCUAUAUACAAUAUCGGUUGAAAUUUUGAAAAGCUAGGCAGACAUUGAUAGAGAAUAUAAUAUAUAUAAAAGAUCGAUCAGAUUGAGGAGGUUUGGCCGUCGGCAUCGUACGUGAUCUGAAAAAUGGAUUCCGGGAACCAGACAUGGACGGAUGAGAAACACCUUGAGUAUUUGAACUCCAUGGAAGCCUCAUUCGUCCGUACACUCAUUGGAGCUAAUAAUUAUAAAAAUCGUAGUCUUCUUCGUCUCGAUCGUCACCUUCCUGAUACUUCCGAUUCAACCUUAGAUCUCAAAUCUCAGAAAUCCACCUCCUCCAACCUCAAGCAUCGCAUUUCUUCAGUGCGUAUUAGACGAAGAAUGGACAGAGUUGACAAGAGAUAUAAAAAGUCAAAUUCAUCCCAAGAUCAGGUGGUCCCACAAUUGGAAUACAGAAGAACAAAUGGUGAUAAAGAUGAGAAAGAUGAUCACAACCAAAAUGUAUCUUGACUUUGACACUUGCCAUAUACCAUCAACUCACAAACAAUAUUGCUUUGGUAACUUCCUUUUUUUUUCCCAAAAAAAAAACUAA